AUGCUGCUCCCCACGCUGCGUCACGCCCUGCGCCAGCCGCUCGCCAGCCCGCGCGCCGUCCAGCGCCGCUGGGCGCAGGUGCACGACGUCCGCUUCCUCGCCACGCACGACUCGCAAGAGCGCAUCCUCGCCAAGUACCGCGACAAGCUCGAGCACAAGGCGCGCCAACAGGGCCUCAAGGACCUCGACGAGCUCAAGGAGCAGUACAAGGACAAGAUCGAGGAGCUGCGCAAGCAGGCCAUGGUGCCCGGCGCAACCGCGCCCCUGACGCCGCCGCCCGAGACUCCCUGGCCCUCACCUCCGCCGCCGCCGCCCGCUGCGCCAGGCUCUCCUACGGCCCCGCCGCCGGGCAUCAAGACGCUCAACUCGUUCCUCGAUCUCGCCAAAGUCCAGGCGCUCCCCAGCAAGGAAGUCCAGGCCCUGUGGCGCCUACGCCACGCUGCCAACCCGCAGAGCAUCCACUUCGCUGUCCCCGCCACCACCUUCUCCCAGCUCCUUCGCAGCGCCAAACAGCACCCCUCGUUCGUCCUCCCUGUCCCCCGCGAGAUACCCGCCGACGCCCCAUCGGCCUCGCAGCAGCCGCCUCAGACGCAGCAAGCCGCCGAGCUGCACUAUCUCCAGUUCUCCCACCCGCACGUCGAUACCACCACGCUCAUGUUCACGACACUGGCAGAGUUCAAGCUCAGGGGCGAGUUCGCCAGUCCCCACACCACCGUCACCUUCCACCACGAGCUCGCCGAGACCCACAACUUGGUCCUGGGCCAGGGCUUGGUCACUGAGAACAGGGGCGUAUCGGUCGACGACGCCAGAUGGCUCGUCAUGUGCAUGCAGAAGUUCUACGUGCAGACGGAAGAGGGCAAGGGCCGCAGCCAGCUUCUCGACAUGUUCACCCGCGGAGACAGCGCAUUCCAGGUAGAGCGACUGAUAGAUGAGGCCGAGAAGAUAUUGUGA